UGCGGAAAUAAGUCGCCACUGGCUGUUGUGUGUACUACUUACACACACCCAUGGUUGACUGUACUUCUGCAUACUAGACAUCCACGGUCCACUUCCACAGAGGGCGUGAGUGAAACCAUGAGCGGAGAAAGUGCAUCACUGCGGGACGCCCAGAGCUCCGCAAACCGCGUCUCCUUCUCCCUUUAAAUCCUCCGGUGGGUCUGUUUGUUUUUUAAACACCACAACACAGCAUCGACCUGCCGGGUGUCCGGCCUGGCCGUGGAUCAUGUGGCUGAAUCCAGAGGAAGUUUUGCUGAAAAACGCGCUGAAGCUUUGGGUGACGGAGAGAAGCAAUGAUUUCUUCCUCCUGCAACGACGCCGAGGACACGGAGACUCUGGGGGCAAACUCUCAGGUCUCCUGGUGGGUGCGCUGGACACGAUGCUGGACUCCAACGCCAGGGUCACGCCCUUCAGGAUCCUCCACCAGAUCCCCUGCUCCCAGGUCAGCUGGGUCAUCGCUAGUGGGGCCACCAUAGAGGAGGUCAGCCGCCACUGGGACUGGCUGAACCACAAUGUUCUCCACUUGCUCUCGGUUUUCGAGAACAAGGCCGACAUCUCCAGCUUUGUUAAAGGGAAGGUCAAGGGUCUGAUAGCGCAGGAGGCGCGGGGUCGACAGACGGCCCAGGAGGAGGACCCGGAGCGCUUCCGGGAGGCGCUCCAGAAGUUCAAGCUGCACUUCGGCCUCCCGCCACAGGAGGUGCUGGUGGCGCAGUUCCCCUGCUGCUGCUGGAAGGGCCGGGUCCCACGCCAGGGCGUACUGUACCUCAGCACCAAUCACAUGGCAUUCUACUCCUUCCUGCUGGGCAAGGAAGUAAGGUUUGUGGUGCCGUGGGCGGAGGUGAGACGGGUGGAGCGUGUGUCCGCGGGCCUGAUGACGGAGGUGGUGCGGGUGGGCACCAGGCAGCGGCAGCGGGACUUCUCCAUGUUCCUGAACCUGGACGAGGCCUUCGGGCUCGUGGCCCAGCUGGCCGACAUCGCCCUGCGGAGGCUGCUGGACAGCGAGGGUCUGGAGCUGGACCGCUCGCUGCAGCAGCCCACCCGCAUGACCAAGAGGGUUCUGGAGGAGCAGGCUCUGAGGGAGUACGUCCUGGCUCUGUUCUGGCUGCCCCGGGCCGAGCGGCUCCACGAGGUGGCCUCCUGCUCCGUGUGGGCCCCCCACGCCCGCACGCACACGGCCGGGACGCUCUACACCACCGACAGCUACCUCGGCUUCUCCGGCCGGGGGGAGGGCAGCUGUCUGCUGCUCAUACCCCUCUGUGAGGUACUGUCGAUAGAGAAGGCCGAGAGCUCCAGCCCGCUGCCCAACCCGGUGAUAGUGAGCAUUCGAAGUAAGAAGGCCUUCCAGUUCAUCGAGCUGCAGGACAGAGAUGACCUGGUGGUCAGCCUCAACGACCGGCUCAGAGCGCUGCAGUGGAAACACUCCAUGUAUGCCAACAAACCUGCCCGGAAACCACUGAGCCCCCAGACACCCUACUACACCUUCUACUAUGACACGGGCUGCUCCGACGAGGAGGAGGUGGAGGAGCAGGUGCUGCGCAACACCGUCAACACAGAGGCCCUUAUGACCGCCUUCAACCACGGGCUCCAUGGAGAUAACAACCUCCACAGCAAGAGUAUGGAGGAGCGUCUGCUGCAGCUGUGGGAGGAUCACUUCAGUGAGUUCGGACGCGGCGUCCACAUGUUCCGCACCGACAGGAUGGACAGGCUGGUUGCUAUGGGGAUCCCAGACUCACUGAGAGGAGACCUUUGGAUGACCCUAUCUGGCGCGGUGACGGAGCUGGCCUCCCACCAGGGUUACUACACCGACCUGGUGCAGCGGGCCAUGGGCCAGAGCACCCUGGCCACAGAGGAGAUCGAGAGGGACCUCCACCGCUCCCUCCCUGACCACCCCGCCUUCCAGAACCCCACCGGCAUCGCCGCCCUCCGGAGGGUGCUCACCGCCUAUGCCCACCGCAACCCCAAGAUCGGAUACUGCCAGUCUAUGAACAUCGUGGCGUCGGUGCUGCUGCUGUACUGCCGGGAGGAGGAGGCCUUCUGGCUGUUGGUCGCUGUCUGUGAGAGGAUGCUGCCCGACUAUUUCAACCGCAGGGUCAUAGGAGCCCAGGUUGACCAGUCUGUGUUUGAGGAGCUGAUCCGGGAGCGUCUCCCUGAGCUGGCGGAGCAGAUCCCGGACCUGUCGUCGCUGUCGUCCCUGUCCCUGUCCUGGUUCCUCACCCUUUUCCUCAGCGUUCUGCCCUUCCCCAGCGCCCUCUGCGUGCUGGACUGCUUCUUCUCCCAGGGCAUCCAGGCUGUCUUCCAGCUGGGCCUGGCUGUGAUGCAGGCAAACGCGUCGCAGCUCAGUGCCAGCUCCGAUGAGGGACAAGCCCUCAUGGUGCUCAGCAGUUUUCUGGACCAGGUGAAGCUUGAGGAGGAGCCGGUUUCUCCACCUCUUUCACCACCUGCGAUGGAGGAGAACAGCAUCAUCAUCUCCCCCACUAGACCCCCCGUCAUCACAGACCUCCUCAUCGACUCCUACCAGAAAUUCGGAGAUCUGUCGGUGAGACAGCUAGAGAGACUCCGGUGUCGACACAGAAUCCUCGUUCUGCAGGCCCAUGAAGACACCAGCAAAGAGAACACACUGAGGGUCGUAACCCCUGAGGUGUCCAUCUCCCCUGAGGACCUGGCUGACCUCUACGACCUCUUCAAGACAGAGCACUUCAUCACCCUCUACUGGGGGCAGGGCGGUGGUGCAGCGCUGGCUCUACAGCACCAUGACCCGGGGAGGCCCUACCAGGAGCAGUACCGUCUGGGCCGCGCCCAGUUCCAGAGCCUGUACGGCCUGCUGGUGCCCUGGCUGUGUGAGCAGCAGCACAGCGACACUGUGGCCAACCGCACCUUCAACCUGCUGGACCAGGACAAGGACAACCUCGUCACCUUCAGAGAGUUUGCCGGCUGGCUCGACACACUUUACUGCGAGGAUCUGAACGAGAGGAUAAGACUGCUCUACUGCCUACACAUUCCACCAGCGCUGACUGAGACGGAGGAAGACUGCCGUGGGAUGAAGGGUCCCGUGGUGUCCACCAACAGACCGCUGUAUGUGGACCGUCCCCCAGUGGUAUCAGAGGAGGUGACAGACUACCAGGAGCAACUGAAGCGCAUGUUGAAGGACCUAAUGAAGGAGAAGGAUGCGGAAAAACCACUUCCACUCAUGAACCAGCGUGAGUUCAUCCAGUUCUGCAAGACGUUGUACAGCAUGUUCCACGGUGACCCCGGCGAGAGCGAGCUCUUCCAGGCCAUCGCCACGGUUACAAGCCUGGUGCUGCAGAUCGGCGAGGUGGGCCACCGCGGGCGCCACCGCCUGGGGUCGGAGGUCAGCGACCAGGAAGAGGCGGGGCUUGGACAGGAAGUGGCAGUGACCCAGCAGGAGAAGGGGGAGGGGGAGCAGGACUGGAUGGUGAGCUUCGCCCAGAUCCUGGCCUCCCUGCUGACUGAAGCCCCUCUGGUGUUCUUCUUUGAGAAGCCUGUGGACCUGGCGGCUAAGAUCUCCCAGGCCAAGGAGGUCCAGUACCACCAGAGGGCCGCCAUACUGGCCCUCAAUCGCUGAGCCAAUCAUCUCGCCGAUCGCUGUAACCUUCCGUGGUAGGACCCCGUCGGAGGCCACACCUGGCCGACCAAUCCAACGCCGAGAGUAAACCUAGCCUGCACCAUGUAGCAAAGACCCCUGGUCUUGAAUGUGUUCUGGAGGGUUGACCAUCCAGAGGCCAUUUGGGGAGGUGGCGGCUGCUAGGUGGGAGCUAGGGCUGCAAAAUGGCUAGAGUUUCGGAGCUCAGCUGUGGAGCUCCAACAAUACAAACAUGGAAAGAUACUGAAUCCAACCAAAUAUACAACUCCUGUUCAAUGCCCGAGUAUUGGUGCCUUCUACUGGGAUUGCCCUCAUUAGGGUAUGCUUCAUCGGUUGUGUAAAGAAGGGUUCCUUGGGUCUUAAAUUGGUCCAGUUCGUAUUUCUAAAGUGUGCCACUCCAGUGUGCAUAACUCUGGGAAGGUUUGACGACAGAACAGUGACUUAAUUUAAACUAAAGCCCUUGAAUCCAUCCCAUCAUGUCCCUGCUACGUCCACCAAUCAGAAAACAGUACACAACUAACGCUACUGCUGAAUGUGAAAAAAAUUAGCUUUCAUUUUUGCCACUUUUUAAGAAACAAGCUGAGAUGAUACACACCAAAUGUCAGGAUAUUAUAUUACUAUAUUUUGUACUUUAAUUGUUUUCCUUUUUAAUGCCUUCUACCUGUUUUACAUAAUGUAAAUCAACAUAUACCGCCUGCAUCUCCCUGACAAAACGGGAACAAUUACUUUCUCCUACAUUGCCUAAUCUUCAUCUAGACCAGGGUUCAGUGUUUAUCAUCCAUAUAUUUACUGCCAAAUGUUGCAGUUGUGCCUGAGAAGAAAGCUGUGAUACUGAAUCUGUGCCUGUUAGUCCGUCUGCUGUUCUGGUUCCAUGUGUCAAAAUGUUCUUUUGAGGACAACAUUCAAACUGAACAACGGCAAUGAGCUCUCCUGUGCCUGAUAACUUUACGAGUAUUUAUUCCCUUAACUACUUUGACUAGUAGGACAAUAAUGGGAACGCCUCAUCAUGGAACACAAUCAUGUCAAGAAUGGUUAGUGAUAGUACGACCUCAGCUAGAUUGUCAAAAAUGUCACGUGUUGUUACACAAUAAAACAAACCGAAAAUCAUUCGCAUGUUCCUGCUGUAUUAUAAGUUGGAUUGCUAAUAUAUUUCCUCAAAGUAGCAUAAAAUGAUAAUAGGACAUUAGUAUUUAGUUGAUACAUAUACAGUACAGUCAAUUCGCUCAAUUAGCUGUAUUUUUGUUUUGUAUCUAUAUUUAGUUCAAGCCUGGGUAAAACACUGCAGAGCUUCGGACCACAAAGAACAGGAAUGAAAAGUCUUGAUUGCGUGUCUGACAAUUCAGAUUUAAAUUGACAACGACAACAAUGACCAUGUGUAAGGGGUUAGUGAAAAUAUUAAUAAACUCCUACAAUGAAGACGUAUCGACAUCCUUCAUAGUGCUCCACUAAUUGUCGUUGGAUUUCAGGUGCUAUACUGGUCAGGAGAUAGAUUGUGGAGCAUAGAGUAAGCAUGCUAUGCUGCAUCUGAUUAGGGUGAAGCCGAAGUACAUUGUAUAUGUUGAGGAGAAACACAGCGAUGGAUCCAUUCUUCCAGGGAUGGUUAUGAGUGCAAUGGAUGCCAUAAUGAAUUAAAUAAUAAGAAUGAAUAUUGAGGUGUUGAAGCAACACAAGGACAACACAACUCUUUGGUUAAAAUGUCUAUCAUGAAAAUAUGACAUUUCAUAAUUCUCAGCAAGUGUGGUGACAAGCCACAAGCCGGCCCUAUAUCUAUAUAUAUAUACACCAUCCUGUCUUCAAAAAUGACGCCUGCGGCCACCUGCAUUUUCUUAACUUAAUAGAAAAUAGACUACUCUUUAAAUAAGGGUUAGCCACUAUGUGUGGCUUACCCUAGAGGAGAAUGUAUGUGUGUGUGUGUGUGUGUGUGUGUGUUUGUGUGUGUUCGCGCAUUAGAUAAACAAUCAUUGCUGCAGUGAGUAAAAGAUGAGUGAAAAAUAAAAUGGCAAAUGUAACCUGGUCUUUUAACAUGUGUGGCAGAAGUUCAAUAUCUGGCGCAUCUUCAGAUAACAUACGUGGUUCUCUAACUGCAGACGGACCGGCUUCUGAUUGGUCAAACUGACCAAAGGGAGAGAAAGGAAAGAGGGUGGGGCAAUUCUAUCUCCGUGUUUGGUAUCGUGAACAGGAUUUUGUAUAUACGGGUGUUUUCAUAAUUUAAUAAAAUACAUUCAAAAAAUUAUUUUUAAAUGUAAAGCCACUUCAUUUGUGUUUUCAACUCGUACCUAGGCUCUUUCAACAAGCUUUGCCGUUUGGACACAAGACGUGCAGGUUUGCUACUGUAAAAUAAGAUGACUUCCCCUAACUGCUACAGACCACUAGAACUGUUUUUUUAACCACUUACUGAAUCGUAUAAUAAAUAAAUCAGGCAAACAGACAAGAGAAGCACACAGGAUUCAGGAUUCACAAUUUACACAUUUUAUUUCCCCAGAAGGAAACCUAGUUCUCAUCAACGUU